AUGAUUAUAAAUAAAAAGUAUAUAUUAUUUAUAUUACUUUUAUUGUUUAUUACGAGUUGUACAAUAGUAUUUUCACAACAACAACAACAACAGACGGAACAAUCGGAACAAACGGAACAGGCUAUAAACAAUGAUGUAAACAAUAGUAUAAACGAUAUUUUUGAAAAUGAUUCAAGUAAACAACUAAGACAACCACAACAACAACAUACAAUCGUCGAUGAUGGAAAUAAUAAUAAUAAUAAUAAUAAUAAUAAUAAUAAUAAUAAUAAUAAUAAUAAUAAUAAUAAUAAUAAUAAUAAUAAUAAUAAUAAUAAUAAUAAUAAUAAUAACCCGAUCGAUAAUAAGGAUAUUUUGGGAUUAAAAAAACUGGCUUUAUUAAAACAAUUUGAAGAACAAAAGAGUAAAAGUGAAAACGAUAUUAACAAUGACAUUGUAAUUUUAAAUUUAGAAAAUGAUAAUCCCAAUCAGAUAAUUGAAACAACAACAACAACACUAAAUAAUAGUAAUGAUAAUAAAAAUAAUAUAAUAGAUGAUAAUCAAGACGAAAAAUUGAAUGAAAAUAUAAAAGAAGAUAAAAAUGAAAUUAAAAAUGAAAUUAAAAAUGAAAAUCAAGAAAAAGAUAAAGGAAUUAUAGAUGUUGAAAAAGAUGAAAAUCAACCUAAUAUAGAAGAAAAAGGUAAAGAAAAACAAAAUCUUCUAGAAAAAGGUAUCGAAAAUGAAAAUCAAAAUGAAAAUCAAAUACAAAUAGAAAAAGAAAAAGAAAUAGAAAUAGAAAUUGAAAAAGAGAAAGAAAAAGAAAAUAAAGAGUUGAUUGAAGAAUCAAAAACAGAAAAAGAUAAUCAACAAAAAGAAAAUAAAGAAAAUACUAAUGAAAUAAAUGUAACAGUAGUCGAGGAACCUGAACAACCACAACCACAACAACAAAACCAACAAGAACAACAAGAACAACAACAACAAGAGCACAAAGAAGAACAACAACAACAAGAACAACAACAACAAGAACAACAAACACAACAAGAACAACAAACACAUCAACAACAACAAGAACAUCAAGAAACCCAAAAAAAUAGUUCAGAGGAGACUAAAACCCAAUCACCAAUUCAAGUGAAUACUACAGAUGUUAAUAACGAAAUAGAAUUAAAAAAUGAGGGAGAUAAUAAUAGUCAAUUAAAUGAUUCAUCGAUACCAAUAACCUCUCCUUUGACAAAUGAUAAUGAUACUUUAAAAACUACAAAGGAAGAUAGUAAUAAUAACAAUAAAAAUGAAGUAAUAAAUAAUCAAACACCAUUAAUUGAUGAAAAAAACCAUCAGCACAAUUAUGAAGGUAAUAAUAGAAAUGGUGAUGAUGUAUCUAUAAUUUCAAAUAUACCAAAAACAAACAAAGCUCCAGAAACACAACAACAGCAGCAACAACAACAACAACAACAACAACAACAACAACAACAACAACAACAACAACAACAACAACAACAACAACAACAACAACAACAACAACAACAACAACAACAACAACAACAACAACAUGUUGUAUUAACACCAAAUGAUUUACCAGAUAAAUUUAAUUAUGCGUCUUCAGAAUGUGGUGCCAAUGUAUUACAAACUAAUAAAGAGGCAUGGGAAGUUAGUAGUAUUUUAGCAUCAUCAAGAGAUAGAUAUCUUUUGAAUGAGUGUAAUAAAUCUCAAUGGUUCGUAGUUGAAUUAUGUGAAGAGAUUGGUGUACAAAUUAUAGAGUUGGCAAAUUUCGAAUUCUUUUCAUCAAUGUUUAAAGAUUUCAUAGUUUUGGGUAGUAAUAGAUAUCCUGCACAAUCAUGGCAUUAUCUUGGUCAAUUCACAGCAGAGAAUAGUAGAAAACAACAAUACUUUGUAUUGAAAGAGAAAGCUUGGUAUAAAUAUUUAAAAGUUAAAAUAUUAUCACAUUAUGGUGAUCAAUUGUAUUGUCCAAUCUCUUCAUUCAAAGUUUAUGGUUCAACAAUGGUUGAUGAUUUAAAAAAUCAAGUUGAUAUAAAUAUAUCGGAAUUGGAGAAAUUUCAAAGAGAUUUAUCAUCAAUACCAUAUCCAAUGGAAAUUGGUUCUGAUACUUCUUACUCUACCACCACCUCCACCACCUCCUCCUCAUCCACCUCCUCCUCUUACCCUUCCUCUAAAACUAAAUCAUCAAAUUCAGAGUACCCAUCUUGGGAGAGAAUUCAAUCAUUCUCUGAAAAGUUACGUAAAAAUGUUGAACAACAAUUAAUUCAACCACCAUCAGUUUUAAAUACAAAUGAUAAUAAUAAUAAUAAUAAUAAUAAUAAUAAUAAUAAUAAUAAUAAUAAUAAUAAUAAUAAUAAUAAUAAUAAUAAUGAAGAACAAUUUAUAUAUUAUGAAACAAAUGGUAAUGGUGGACCACCUUCAACUUCAACUUCAACUUCAUCAUCAUCAUCACAAAAUCAUCAAGCUCGUACACCACAAAGUGUUUUUAAAACAUUGGCAGAUAAAAUCAAAGCAAUUGAAUUCAAUCAAU